UCCCCUGUGGGGGCCAGGAUGCUGAAAAAGCAGUCUGCAGGGAUUGUGCUGUGGGGCGCUAUCCUCUUUGUGGCCUGGAAUGCCCUUCUGCUCCUCUUCUUCUGGACACGCCCAGCACCUGGCAGGCCACCCUCAGACAGUGCUCUUGAUGAUGACCCUGCCAGCCUUACCCGUGAGGUGAUUCGCCUGGCCCAGGAUGCUGAGGUGGAGUUGGAACGUCAGCGGGGGCUGUUGCAGCAGAUCAGAGAGCACCAUGCUCAGUGGAGGCAGCGGUUGAGAGUGCCCACUGCGGCCCCUCCUGCCCCACCACGUGUGCCUGUGACCCCGCCGCCAGCAGUGAUCCCCAUCCUGGUCAUUGCCUGUGACCGUAGUACUGUUCGGCGCUGCCUGGACAAGCUGCUGCAUUAUCGCCCCUCAGCUGAACAUUUCCCCAUUAUUGUAAGCCAGGACUGUGGGCAUGAAGAGACUGCCCAGGUCAUUGCCUCCUAUGGCAGCGCCAUCACACACAUACGGCAACCUGACCUGAGCAACAUUGCUGUGCCACCCGACCACCGCAAGUUCCAGGGCUACUAUAAGAUUGCGAGGCAUUACCGUUGGGCACUGGGCCAGAUCUUCCACAAUUUCAAAUUCUCAGCGGCUGUAGUGGUUGAGGAUGAUCUGGAGGUUGCACCAGACUUUUUUGAGUACUUCCAGGCUACCUACCCAAUGCUGAGGAAUGACCCCUCGCUCUGGUGUGUGUCAGCCUGGAAUGACAAUGGCAAAGAACAGAUGGUGGACUCAAGCAAGCCUGAGCUGCUCUACCGUACGGACUUUUUCCCUGGCCUCGGCUGGCUAUUGCUGGCCGAACUCUGGGCUGAGUUGGAACCCAAGUGGCCCAAGGCCUUCUGGGACGACUGGAUGCGCAGGCCAGAGCAGCGACAGGGGCGGGCCUGUGUGCGGCCUGAAAUCUCAAGAACAAUGACCUUUGGCCGUAAGGGUGUUAGCCAUGGGCAGUUCUUUGAUCAGCAUCUGAAAUUCAUUAAAUUGAACCAGCACUUUGUGCACUUCACCCAGCUGGACCUGUCCUACCUACAGCGGGAGACUUAUGACCGAGAUUUCCUUGCACGUGUCUAUGGUGCUCCCCAACUACAGGUGGAGAACGUGAGGACCAAUGAGAGAAAGGAGCUGGGGGAGGUGCGGGUACAGUACACAGGAAGAGACAGCUUCAAGGCCUUUGCCAAGGCCCUGGGUGUUAUGGAUGACCUCAAGUCAGGUGUCCCCAGGGCUGGCUACCGGGGCAUUGUCAGUUUUCUGUUUCGGGGCCGUCGUGUCCACUUGGCACCCCCACAGACCUGGGAGGGCUAUGAUCCUAGCUGGAAUUAG